GGCUCGCGCACAUUCAGAAGGUGGAGAGAGAGAAAAGUGGAGCCGGUGGGUCGGGCGGAGGAGAGAGAACGAAAAUAAAGAACGCGAAUAAAACUUUUUAAAAAGUUGAGUGGACAUGGAGCUGCGUCGGGUCAGACUCUUCCUGUUUUUAUUUAUUAGCCGGAUAUUUAUCUCCCUGCAGUCAAAAGAACAUGUGUUGCUGGAUAUGAAAGCUUCGGGAUCAGAGUUAGGAUGGUUGACGCAGCCAAAUGAGAACGGGUGGGAAAUUGUCCAGACAGUGGUGAAUGGCUCCCUGUUUUACACAUACAGUGUGUGCAGUAUAGACACAACCGAACAGGACAACUGGUUGCGCACGACCUUCAUUCAGGGCCCCCCCGGGACCAGUCGCGUCUCGGUGGAGCUCAGGUUUGUUGUGCGAGACUGCAACACCUUUGACGGCUCCUCCGUCACCUGCAAAGAAACGUUCAACCUCUUCCUUUCUGAGGCCGAUGCCGAUGUGGGAACCAACUUCCGGAAAGGGCAGUUCCGCAAAGUGGCCACCAUCGCUCCUGAUGAGGUCACCCGGGGCCGCGUGCUUAAGAUCAACACCGAGACGAGGACAGUGGGGACCCUGUCCAGAAAAGGCUUCUACCUGGCCUUUCAGGAUGUGGGCGCCUGCGUGGCGCUGCUAUCCGUCAGAGUCUACUACAAGACGUGUCCGUCCACCGUGCAGAGCUUGGCAGCCUUCCCAGAGACGGUGGCAGAUGCGCUGAAAGUCGUGGACGGAGCCUGCGUGAAGAAUGCCAUCAGUCAGGCCACCCCACGCAUCUACUGCUCAGCUGAGGGUGAAUGGGUGGUUCCUGUGGGCCAGUGCCAGUGCCUCCCAGGCUACGAAACCACAAAAGACUCCUGCAAAGAAUGUAAACCGGGCUACUUCAAGCCAUCCAUGUCCAGUGAGUUAUGUCAAGUUUGUCCAGACAACACUAAGCCCUCAUCAGCUGGUGCCACCGAGUGCCUCUGCGAGGACGGUUUCUUCCGCUCGCCUUCGGACCAUCCGACGUCACCCUGCUCUGCUCCACCCAGUGCUCCGCUCGAUCUCACGUCCACCACCGUGUCUGGAGAUGGUCGGCUGCUGCUGUCCUGGAGCCCGCCGCUGGUGACCGGAGGCCGCGGUGACCUCACAUACAGCGUGGCGUGUGAGAUUUGUGACCAGACUUUGUGCAUCCCCUGUGGAGAGACGAUCCACUUUGAGACGGGUCCUACAGACAUCCAGGACACAACAGUGGUUAUUAGUGGCCUGGAUUCUCAUCUCAACUACACAUUUACUGUGGAGGCUCAUAGUGGAGUGUCCCAAUAUGGCACCAAGGGGGCGACUGCAGUCAUCACCACUGCUCUGGAUUAUACAACUCCCCCGAAGGUGGCGUUGAUCCAUCUGGACGAUCGCAGCCCCACCAGUCUGUCUCUGUCCUGGACUCUGUCUCGUAGACCUCCAGCCCACAUCAGUCACCGCUAUGAGCUUAUGUACCGUAAAAAAGAUGUUGACGGCGAGAGCGAUGUGACCACCUACACGGUGCUUAUUUUGGAUAAAAACUCUGUCCAGAUUACUGAUCUCACCUCAGACACCACAUAUGUGUUCAGAGUCCAGGCCUUGAGUCCAGAGGGAGUACCUGGCAGCUACAGCACGGAACAGGAGUUUCAGACAUCUCCUUUAGCUGAGUCUCGGACACAGAACAAGUCCACCAUGGUGAUGGGAGCCGUCGCCGGAGUGGCUGUGAUUCUGCUUGUUGUCGUGGCCUUCCUGCUGCUGCGCCGAAGGAAGCUGAGCUCUUGUGGCAGGAGAGGACCCGAGGAUCCCCUUUCUGAAGAUCAGAUAAAGGCUCUGAAGGCGUACGUUGACCCGCACACAUAUGAGGACCCGAACACUGCAAUCCUAAAGUUUGUCACGGAAAUAGACCCAAAUGUGAUCAGCAAACAAAAAGUUAUUGGUGUUGGAGAGUUUGGGGAAGUGUUUCGUGGUGUGAUGAAGACCCGUAAAGGGCAGGUGCCCGUGGCCAUUAAGACCCUGAAGCCUGGCUACACUGAGAAACAGAGGCAGGACUUCUUGAGCGAGGCCAGCAUCAUGGGUCAGUUCUUUCAUCCAAAUAUCAUUCAUCUGGAGGGAGUCGUCACCAAAUUCAAGCACGCCAUGAUAGUGACAGAAUACAUGGAGAAUGGAGCUCUAGACAUAUAUCUGAAAGAUCAUGAGAAGGACAUCGGCACGUACCAGCUCGUGGGAAUGCUGCAGGGUAUUGCUAAUGGCAUGAAAUACCUCAGUGAAAUGAACUACGUCCACCGGGACCUGGCAGCAAGAAACGUCCUGGUCAACAGCAACCUGGAGUGUAAGGUGUCGGACUUUGGACUUUCUCGCAUCCUGCAGGAUGAUCUGGAGGGGACAUACACAACCAGAGGAGGUAAGAUCCCCAUUCGCUGGACCGCCCCAGAGGCCAUCGCCAUCAGGAAAUUCACUUCAGCCAGCGACGUGUGGAGUUUUGGUAUCGUCAUGUGGGAAGUCAUGGCAUUUGGAGAACGGCCCUACUGGGAAAUGAACAACCAUGAGGUCAUGAAGGCUAUCAACGAGGGCUUCAGGCUUCCUGCCCCGAUGGACUGCCCUUCGGCUAUCUACCAGCUCAUGCAGCAGUGUUGGCAGCACGACCGCCUCAAACGGCCUCGUUUUUCAGACAUCGUCAGCAUUUUGGAUAAACUUCUUAAAAAUCCAGAGUCUUUGAAGACGAUUGCGGACUUUGACCCACGGGUUUCCAUCCGCCUACCCAGCACCAGUGGCUGUGACAACACCACCUUCAGAUCGGUGCCCGAGUGGCUUGAAUCCAUUAAGAUGAGCCAGUACAAGGACAGUUUUUCUAGCGCGGGGGUAACCAGCAUGGAGCAGGUGCUCGAUCUGAAGCCUGAGGACAUUGCCAACAUCGGAGUUCGGUUACCCGGUCACAUGAAGAGAAUAUUCUACAGCAUCCUGGGCCUGAAAGACGAGACCACCCCUCUCAGAGUCUUUGCAGUGUGAUCUAAGCAUUCCUCCAAAUCAAAGUGCACUGACCGUCCAUGCCAUUUCACUCGUGGAGGAUGAGGACUGAAGAGGAGGGUGAACCUGAGCCACGCUGCAGAUUUAAAAAAAAGAUUUGGGUGGCACAGCGUUGCAUGACUGAAGAGAGCCCUCCAAUCCCCUCAGACUGAACUGAGACUGCACAACUGCUAUGUAGUAACAGAGGAGAAUAAUUUAUAUAAAAUGUCUGAUAUGUUGAACAUAAACACGUUUUAUUAUGUAGUUAGUGACUGUGAGGGUGCUUGUUCACUCAGAAGCAUUCAGUGCUCUUUAGAAAUGAGGGUGCCUUAUUCCAAGCACUCGCUCUGACCUACCACUGAUCUUGGAUCCUUCAGCCUGUCUGCUUCUCAUUUCUGUGACUUAAAAAGAUUUUGUUUAAAACUGCAAACUCUUACUUCACUCAGGGCUAAAGAGAUGGAAAAAGACUUUAUCACACAUCUUUGUUUGUUUACAUCAUGUCUUAAAGCAACUGUUCAUUUUUAUUUAUUAUUUAUUGUAUUUUAUAUUUAUGCCAUUUGUUGUAUAAAAAAACUGAUUUCCUUAUUUUUUUGUGUAAUGAAUAAAAGUAGGGCCGCACUUUGGCCGGAACCCUUAUCGUCA